AUGAAGCGAGGAAAUACGGAGCAGCGGAAAGGCGAAGAUGCGGCAAGCAAUAUAUUUUCGAUUACGUCGGAAAUUGAAAAGCAACAAUUGGAGAUGAACCGAAAAAGCAUCGGACGCGGGACCGACUUGACUGGACUCCCAAACUCGGCGGGAAGCCCACUCAGACCAAGCGACGAGUUCCCAAAUGCUGUGGAGCAUCCAGCGACCGUCCCUCACAAUCAGCAGCCGCUGCCACACGGGUGGAUGGCUCCAUUCCCCACGCAACCGACUCCGAAUGCAUGGAAGGAGGAAGCGCCAGAAGGCCGAGCUCCCGUUGCAGGGCUCGAAGGCGACGUAGAGGAGGCAGAGGCCCGAGAAAUUGGCUUCGGGUCUUCUUUCUCGGAUAAAAGCAUUCGGAAGAGAUUCGUCUGUCGGGUCUACGGCAUCCUCAGCAUCCAGCUGGUUUUCACCUUUGCUCUGAUCGCUCUCUUCGUUUUCAGUGAUGGGAUUAAGACCUUCAUCUUUGAAAACAUGUGGAUGUAUUGGACUGCAUACGGUAUAUUCUUAGUGACACUUUUCGUCCUGAUCUGCUUCUCAAGCUUGAGGCGGACAUACCCCGCGAAUGUGUGGGCCCUCGCAAUUUUUGUAAGUUCUGUGGAUCUUUGAUCUCUCAGCCUUGGAUUAGAGCUGGAAGUGGUUGCUCUUUGCGCUGCAUGUCAUCGGGAUGCGUUUACGGACCUACUAAAAUAUAUCCGUUGCGGCUAUUAUGCCCUUACCUAGCUAGGAAAAAUCAAGCAUGUAGUUCACAAUACCUUGCAUGUUUCUUACCAUGAAAGGAACGGUAAUUGCGAAGCACCUUUCAUAAUUUCCCCUCUACUUAUCAAUACAGGGUCGUGCAAAAGCUCCCGUA